AUGACCUCUUUAGUGGGACAAAGGAGACUGCGGAUCGAUUCGUUCCACCUUUUUAGAGCGGCUUGCACGAUUAAAGCUGGGAAUUAUGUCUCACAGAAGCGAUGGGACUAUACGCUCCCCACCAGGACACAAUGGAUUGAAGAAGAGACUGUAAACCACGAAACAAACUUUUGGAAACUCAACCCGCACCGAGGCGUGUGUGGACGAUACACUGUCCUCGUUCUGCACAAGACUUAA